UCUUCGCCGACCUUCUCCUCCCUCGACCAGCCGACAUUGACGCUGCCUGCUCUCCCGCUUCCGUCCGGAAGUAGAGGGAAGUGCUGACUCAAGCCCGCGCAAAUAUGCAAAAGGCUCAAGUCCGCAUGAAGCAGCAAGCCAACAGGCGUCGCGUACCAUGUCCCAUCCGCGCCGGUGAUCUGGUUUGGGUCUCCGCGGAAGAGUUUGCACUGGAACAAGAUGUUUCACGCAAACUGCUUCCCAAGUGGUUUGGACCUUGGUCUGUGACAGCAGCCGCGGACGAUGAGCCCGAUGGCCCUUCAUUUGUGAUCAACAUUCCAGAGCAUCUGACGGUCCAUCCGGUCUUCCACGCCUCGAAGCUGGCAACAUACACGCCAGCCAAGAGCGACGACUUUCCGGGCCGACGAUCGCAGGACCCUCCUUCUAUGGAUGGUCAUCAGGAAGUUGACCGCGUCAUCUCCGAUCGCAAGUACGGCAGCAAGCCGCUGCAGUACAAAGUCACAUUCAAAGCAUGCGAUCGCGACGACACUUGGUGGAUUUCAGGCGCAGAUUUGAAAGCAUCCGCACCGCUGAUCUACGGGCUUUAUGAAAAGCGGAGGUUAGCUCAGGAAGCUUCACGACCAGCCCCUCCCACCCGGACCGUGGUCCCUCCCUCAGACAGACAGCUUCGCCCUCGCAGCGAUGAUGAUGGUGAUGUCGAUGAUGAUGAUGAUGAUGAUGAUGAUGAUGAUGAUGAUGAUGAUGAAGAUGAUGAUGAUGUUGAUGGUGGGGAGCUGCACCUGCUGGAAACAGUGUCGUUUCUUUGCCCCCGCACUGUGCAAGUUUCUGGCCCUUAUGUGCACUAGAAUGGUUUUGUAUGCUAGUACUCAAAUAUAUGUAUACAUGAUAAUACAUAUGACGAUAUAUAGUAUAUAUAAAACUCAGAGGGGGCAGUCCUAUUACCAGACUGAGUACUAAAAAUAUAUUUGCUUUUGGUGAAUCCUGUGUUACAGUCACAUUGCAUGACUUGAAGGAGUCAAACCAAGAUGCAAGGGAGUUUUUAAUUUCCACCACAGCAGGAGAUCGACUCAUGGCGGCGGGAAGCAUUGCGACAUACCGACUAUGGACAGAGGGAUUGUCGGCGGUGCUGGAGCAAGCGCGGAAUUGUCAAAGCUGGGUACAAGCACACUAGUUAUCUCUGAGAUUGAUGAUUUACUCGAGACGGUUUGCCUGGCUUGUGGGACAGUCAUGGGUUUUGGAGAUCUGGAACAGGAUAGGACGCUUACACCCAGUUCGAACCAUGAUCCACACAUAUGCACCUGGUACACAUCCUUUGAUCAAUUGAACGGUCCUGGGUGGUUCACACUACCAUCUUCCCCCGAACGUAGCGCACCUUGUACAUGAGCUACCUAUCCGGUCUCAUACCGUCAGAAUGAGGGUGCGUUAUGAUCACGGGAAGACGGUACUUCACCUGCCUUGUUCCCAUGAAAAUAACACCCACUGUCAUUAUGGUGCCGGUCAAAUGAAUGUUAUCAAACCAU